UCGGUAUAUUGCACAAGAGCCAUUUUAACAGUGUGUAACUAGCAGUUUGCUGUAAAGUACUGAUGCUGAUAGUCAGUGCACAUAGUAUACGUUCAGAGGGUUUCUGUGGAUGUAGAGGUGAUCUGGACAGUAUUGUUGAUUUAUUGUGAGGAGUGACUGGUGCUGUGCUUGGUGAGGUGCCGGUUGUACAGCCUUUCAGCAGUAGGGAGGAAGGAGCUGCUGUAUCUCUCCUUAACACACCGCAGAUGGAGGAGCCGGUCACUGAAGGAGCUGCCCAGUGCUGCUACUGUCUCCUGCAGUGGAUGGGAGGUGUUCACCAUUAAGGAUAAUAACUUGGCCAACAUCCUCCUCUCCCCCACUACGUCCACUGAGAUCUGAGUGAAAGCUUGGCUCCAGAAGGCAGGGUGUGAUCAUGGGGAAGGCACUGUCCCAUCUGUCCAAACAAACAUGCUAUGAAGAGUGCCACACCAUCCUGACCUCCGGCCCUGAGGACAACCGCAUGCCAAGUGAGGAUGUCAAGGGCGGUGGCGAUGUCUCUCAGUUCCCGUAUGUGGAGUUCACUGGCAGGGACAGUGUCACCUGUCCAACGUGCCAAGGCACUGGGAGAAUCCCACGAGGUCAGGAAAACCAGCUGGUGGCAUUGAUUCCAUACAGCGACCAGAGGCUGAGGCCAAGGAGAACAAAGUUAUAUGUGUCGGCCUCGGUCAUCGUCUGCCUGUUGCUCUCAGGCUUGGCAGUGUUUUUCCUCUUCCCACGUUCUAUCGAUGUGACCUAUGUGGGGGUGAAGUCUGUUUAUGUCACCUACGACCAGGCCAAGCACACAGUGUAUCUCAAUAUUACUAAUACACUGAAUAUUACUAACAACAACUACUAUUCGGUGGAGGUGGCCAACAUCACAGUUCAGGUGCAGUUCUCCAAGACUGUGAUUGGAAAAAAACGUGUGAGCAAUAUUACCACCAUCGGCCCACUCGACAUGAAGCAGAUUGAUUACAUGGUGCCUACCACUUUAGCUGAUGAAAUGAGUUACAUGUAUGACUACUGUACCCUGCAGGUUAUCAAAGUGCACAAUAUUGUGGUCAUGAUGCAGGUUACAGUCACCAUAGUUUAUUUCGGCCAUGCUGAACAGGUCUCUCAGGAGAUGUACCAGUAUGUGGACUGUGGGGGAAACACGACAUCACUUCAUGAGUACAAUCUAAGAACUCCUACCUCAGACUAAUGCUCAAGCUGAGGAUACACUGUGUUUAUCUAUUUUCCCUGCAUUCACCGUGUCCGUUCUAUUUAGUCAGAUUGGUUGAUUCCGUUACAUGCGUUUGCUAAAUAACCAGGGUGUUUCGAAAACAUGAAUUGAUGCACUUUAUUCUCCCAGGACCUCUGAAUUCUUUAACGUACUCGCAGUAGUGCAAAUAAGACAACUGAACCACUCAACUGUAUAUAUUUUAAGAAGUCUGACACACACUUUAGUUGCAGGCUACACUAAAACUUGAAAAUACCGCUUAAUGUCUAAUUCUGUUAAAAUAUGCACUUUGAAUACUUCUCUGCUUUAAUAUAGAUUAACGUUAAUGGCUGAUGGAGCAUACUGAGGCUAAUAGAUUAUGCAUGUUUUUGAGAUCUGUUUAAGAGUAUAUGCAGCAUAGUUAUUUGCUAAGUAAAGUUAUUUAUCAGAUGUUUGGUUUAAAUCCUGGCACUCACAGACCCUCAUCUGCUGCAUCUCAGCCUGCAGUGGAUAUUAUUGUUCUCUAGGUGGUGAAGGUUUUGCACUUUUAGUCUCACUCUUCAGCUUGCUAAUACAGUUCCUUUUAUUUCUCUGUUUUUGAGCUGUCAAAGAUGGAAAGAAAUCAUCUUGAAACAAAUACUUGUUUCAACACAGCUUAUGAAAGAGGAAGUUUGUCUGGGAAAAGAGCAAAGUAAUUACACCAUCAGCGUCUGAAUUUAUGCUCAUACGUUCCAAAGCAAAAAUGCAUAAGCAUUAAUGUAUACUGACUGAAGUAUCCAAUAUAACCUUUAGAAAGCUAUUUCUAAACCUAAUAAGCUUGUGUUGACGAACAUCAACAUUUGUUGAUGAAUUGUCAUUUUUAAGCAUUGUACAUGAAAUGUGGAUAACAGAACACUUUUAAAACUUUUAAGCAAUUUGUAUAAAACCUUCAAGUACAAACAUUAUUAACCAAAACUAAAUAACAGAAUAAUAAGCUGAUAGUGUGUUGUGUAUCAGACACAUGUUAAGGUUUAUUAACCCAUGUGUUACUUUGCGUUACAUUAAAGGAACAGUCCACCGUUCUUCCAUAAUGAAAUAUGCUCU